CUUUAGGCUUUUUUUUCUCCAAAAUUGUCGUUAUUCGCCAUGUUAGUAAUUUUCCAUAUUGUUGCAUGCAUAUAAAUGAUGAGAACCACUGAUGUAGAUAGAGGUCCCUAACUGGCUCUGCUGAAAAUAAGGAUAUCGUUAAUCAGAGCACAUCAGGUCUAAAGCAAACAAGCAAACAAGCAAAAUCACAUAUAAAAUCAAGACAGCUGAUCCAGACAACUUCCAGCACACAGGUGUCGGAGGUGUGGUGAUUCUCUCUCUUUCUCCAUAUCAAUCAGCACCAAUGAAUAUGAGGCAUGAUCACAUUUCUACUUGGGGCCUCAUGGUGUGAGUUGUAAAGUGUACAGUGUAACUGAUGCUAAAGCUUCAUCCACUGCGGGUGCUCGGGUGUCAGUCAAGCCAGCACUUUCACCUCAGUUCAAGGGGCCCCAGGCGUGAACAGCACUGAAAAAAAUUGGGUGUGAAAUAAACUUGGAAAUUUGCUAACUAUUUGUAAAUUUAUCAUAAAUGGGUCAUUUGCAGAGGGAAAAAGACAAUAUCAUUUGUUAAACAAAACAUAAAUAUGAUAUUUUAUAUAUUUUAUGUAGCCCUAUAUAUUUAUAAUAAAAUGUACUUGAUAAUACAAUGAAUAAACACAACGUCAAGCUCUUCAGUCUUCAAAUUACGGGUUCUAACUUCGUGCCAGUAAAGUUCAAAACACCCAAUGCGCACUGCUUCAGUGUGCCAAUCAAAGUCAGCCCACCCUUUGCUGUCUUAAGCAGUCUGAGGGGUACUAUAUCUGUUUAAGCUCUCGGCUGAGCAUGUUGUCAGAAUGACUUCUAUUCCCUUACACCAAAUAAAUCAAUUUUAAAAAAAAGUUUUAGAAGAUAGUAAAGUUUUAGAAGUUAGUUUAGGGCUCGAUCUCCGUCAGACUGGAGCUAUCGGAUCCAAAAAACUGGUGGAGUGGCGGCAAGUCGUGGAGGAACAACAGACAACACUCUCGAGGGGCAAAGAUGUCCCGCGAGAACCAGGAUGAGACCGUGGUGGACCACGCUGCCCCCUUCCAGGACUUCUGCGAAGUGGAACGUCCUGAGGAGUGCUGCGAGCUCGUCACCAUCAACAUUUCAGGUCUGCGUUUCGAAACACAGCUUAAAACACUCGCAAGAUUCCCGAACACGUUGCUAGGAGACCCGAUUAAAAGGAUGCGGUUCUUCGACCCGUUGAGGAACGAGUUCUUCUUUGACAGGAACAGACCAAGUUUUGAUGCUAUUCUGUAUUACUAUCAAUCAGGUGGGAGGCUUCGAAGACCCAUCAACGUGCCGGUUGAGAUUUUUAUGGAUGAAAUCCAAUUUUACGAGAUCGGUGAUGACGCCAUCCAACAAAUCAGAGAGGACGAGGGUUUGUUGAAAGAAGACGAACGGCCAAUGCCGUCCAGUGAGUUUAAGCGUCAAAUCUGGCUGCUGUUCGAGUAUCCUGACAGCUCAGGGCCAGCCAGAAUCAUCGCUAUAGUAUCUGUAAUGAUCAUCCUGAUAUCCAUUGUUAUCUUCUGUUUAGAAACUUUGCCGGAAUUUAAAGAGGAUGAUCGUGUGUUCAAUAACCACCUUGCGCCGAACGGAACGACUUCAGGAAAAAGAUCGAGUACAUUCACGGAUCCAUUCUUCUUGUUGGAGACAAUCUGCGUUGUUUGGUUUUCCUUUGAACUGUUUGUACGGUUUCUUGCAUGUCCAAGCAAAACUGCCUUCUUCAAAGACAUCAUGAACACCAUAGAUAUUGUAGCUAUUAUUCCAUAUUUCAUUACUUUAGGUUUAGACCUUUCAGAGUCCGAAGCAAGCUCACAACAGACCACGUCUCUCGCCAUACUGAGAGUUAUCCGCUUGGUGCGCGUAUUUAGGAUUUUCAAACUCUCACGGCACUCCAAGGGUCUCCAAAUUCUCGGCCAGACCCUAAGAGCGAGUAUGCGAGAACUUGGACUACUGAUAUUUUUCCUUAUCAUCGGCAUUAUAUUGUUCUCCAGUGCGGUUUACUUCGCCGAAGUGGACGACCCAGAAUCGUCUUUUACUAGUAUCCCUGACGCGUUCUGGUGGGCGGUUGUUACCAUGACUACUGUUGGAUAUGGCGACAUGUACCCCGUCACAAUUGGAGGCAAAAUUGUUGGAUCAAUGUGUGCCAUUGCAGGAGUUCUUACAAUCGCACUGCCUGUACCAGUUAUCGUCUCGAAUUUUAAUUACUUCUAUCACCGAGAAAACAACGCGGAGGAGCAAGUGGAAUAUACGCACGUAACUUGUGGCCGCCCUUUGUCUUCACUAUGUGACCGAAAUAAAAGCGACAGUAAACCCUCUCUGGUGAUAUCAGAGAAUUCAAAUGAUGACGACUGGAAUUCAUUAAGCAUAUCAAAUCUGAAUCCAUCAGAGGAUCAUACAUACAAACUCACAGAUGUAUAAGAAAUCCAAAAAGAGUCGCGUAUAGAGGGUGCAUCGACGUCACUUUCCCGCCGGAACGCGCUCCCUCAGCUGGACUGAGUGGCAAAAGAACCUGAUGCAUGACUGGAUUUAAUUGGGGAAACUGCGAAAACGCGAGUAAAACAAACGAUUAAACUAAAGGUUGGGCUUUAAAGUGUUCCUUAUAGCAUGUUAAAGAAACCUAAUCCAUAGAUAUUAAGAUGCAGCCAGGAAUCAGGUUUCCUGACAUUUAUAUGUGCCUGAUUUCGAUGCUGGGGAAACAAAUAAAGCAAAUCUGCCUGCUAAUGCUUUAUAUAAAUACAAUAUAGGUAAGUGUUAGGCUAUAUCAAUGUUAUAUCGUUCAGGGUUGCCAGGUUUUCACAACAAAACCCGCCCGAUUGCUCCUCAAAACCAGCCCAAAACUAGCCCAAUCGCAUGGGGAACAUCGCGUUUUUGGCGGGGCUCCCCUGGAAAAAUUCGCAUUCCAGGGACUAAAUAUCACAUUAUUUUGGGUUGAUUCAAUCCGCGGACAUGAAAAACAGCCCGCGCAACAGUGUAAAAGUAUCCCAAUUCCGCGGGAAAACCGCAGACUUGGCAACACUAAUAGUCAAAUCGUCCAGCCCUAAAACUUGUAUAGUUUUUGUCAGUG